AUGAGCUCACGGUGUCUUAACGAUGAUUCACUCGGGCCUGGAGUCCAAGGAUGCCGCGGCAACUUUGACUUCACGCUCCGGUUCGAGAGGAUCUUCCUCGCCAUAAUUCCUGCAGCUGUUUUUGCUGCUUUAUCAUUACCCCGUAUCGCGUAUCUCGCCAGGAAACCGAGAAUUGUCGAUGCCAAAUCUAUUCAGGCAAUCAAGCUGGCCAUAAUAGCAGUGUUCGCGACACUCCAAUUCGUAAUCCUCAUUCUUCAGACAACAACAAAUGCCUCGGGAGUUGAUGGGUUCGCCCUUUCGGCGUCAGCACUUUCCUUCAUCGCCGCCUUGUUCAUGCUUGGCUUGUCAUAUGCGGAGCAUUCAAGGGCACCCAGACCAUCUCUCCUGUUGACGGCCUACGUCUUUCUCCAGAUCUUGUUUGAUGUUGCGCAGACCAGAACAUCUUGGCUGAUGGCCAGGACAUUCUCCACCCAACUCUUUGCCAGGCUAUUCACAUCGUCCUUAGUUGUAAAGUUUGUCAUCCUUCUCGUCGAAGCACAGAAAAAGACUCGAUGGAUUCGCUGGACCGCUGAGGAGCACAGCCCCGAAGAGACAAGCGGUCUUUUCAGCCUGGGCGUCUACUGGUGGCUCAAUCGUCUGUUUCUUCACGGAUACCGGAAUGUUCUUACCGUCGACGACCUGUAUUCUCUGGACCAAGGCAUGAUCGCCGAGACAAUGCAGAUCACCCUGGCUCAAGAGCUCGACAAAGGUACUUAUCGUGGAAAGAAGCACGGGUUGGCAAAGUCUUUGGCAAAGGCUCUUGCUGUACCACUGCUCUUGCCAGUAGCGCCAAGGAUUGCCUUAAUUGGGUUCAGCUUUAGUCAACCUUUCUUCAUCCAAACACUGCUCGAGCAUCUUCAGGAUCCCGAGGCAUCAAAGAAUACUGGUUACGGUCUCAUUGGUGCUGCAGCCUUAAUCUACUCCGGUAUUGCCGUCUCUACCGCACUCUACAACUAUUUUCAGCAGAGGGCCCUUUACAUGUCCCGCGGUUGCUUGUCAGCAGCCAUCUAUAAAAAGACAACUGAGGCCGAUAUUACUGCAGCGGGCGAUGCUGCCGCCGUCACUCUCAUGAGUACCGACAUCGAGCGUAUCAUUCGUGGUUUUUACGGCUUGCAUGAGUUCUGGGCCAACCUCAUUGAAGUAGCUCUUGGCUGUUGGUUACUGGAGCGCCUACUGGGUGUUUCGUUCAUUGCGCCUGUCGUUGUCAUUCUCAUCUGCACUGGAGUAACGGUCGUGGUCGCGAACCUCACCGGUGAGCGUCAAUCUCGGUGGAUGAACCAAAUUCAGAAACGUGUUGGCCUUACUGCCAACGUUAUAUCCAACAUGAAGUAUUUAAGAAUUUCUGGAAUCACCGCGCCCGUCGCCGAGUUUGUGCAGAAUAUGCGGGUUGAAGAGAUGCGCAUUGGAAACCAAUUCCGGUGGAUGAUCAUUGUCACCGCCAUUGCUGCGUUGGCCCCUGGUAUGAUAUCUCCAGCCGUUACGUUUGCCUUCGCCGCCUCUCGUCUCGAUACUACGACCAUCUUUACGUCGUUUUCAUUCUUAGUUCUUUUGAAUGCACCCUUAGGCCAGCUCUUUCAGAUGGUACCCGCCGUGAUUGCUGGUUUUACCUGCCUUGGUCGCAUUCAGACGUUUCUUGAGGCGGACUCUCGUGUCGACUUCCGCCAAGCUUCUCGUCCCUCAGUGUCGUAUGACAGGACAUCCGACGACACAGUUUUCAGAGACAACUUGGAGGGAAUCCCAUUGAGACCCUUGGAUAAAAGUCAGCGCCAGAGCUCGGAGAGCAAGGGCCCGGCUCCCUCCAUCUCAAUCGUCGAUGGUAGCUUUGGUUGGACUUCCGACAAAAUGGUUCUUCAAGGCAUUACUGCCACUAUUCCGGCGUCUCAGCUGACGAUCGUUGUUGGCCCUGUAGCAUCUGGCAAGUCCACCCUUUGCAAGGUUCUCCUUGGCGAAGUGCCUUUCAGCAGUGGUCUGGUAUCAGUGCCUUCACGAAAUGCUGCUAUCGGAUACUGUGAGCAAACACCAUUCCUUUCCAACGGUUCAAUCAAAGACAACAUUGUCGGUUAUUCUACUUUUAACCAAGCAAGGUAUGAUGAGAUCAUCGAGGCAUGCAUGCUACAGACUGAUCUUUUGCUGCUGCCUUAUGGUGACGACACCAAGAUUGGAAGCAACGGCAUCAUGCUUAGUGGUGGACAGAAACAGCGUGUCUCCUUGGCACGUGCUCUCUACCUUAACUGUGACCUCAUGAUCUUUGACGAUAUUUUGAGUGGCCUCGAUAACGACACUGCUGGAGAAGUCUUCCGACGGGUCUUUGGAUUGGAUGGUAUCAUCAGGCGCCGCAAGGCUACGGCCGUUCUAUGCACGCAUGCUAUUAAAUACCUUCCAUUAGCUGACCACAUCAUUGCUCUUGGGUCGGAUGGCAUACUUGUGGAGGAGGGUACUUUUGCCGACUUGAUGCGGGACAAGAAAUACGUUGCCAGCCUCGGUGUGACAGCAACAGACUCCGAUAACGAAUCCGAUUCUGGUGAAAGCCCCGCCAACAAAGACAAGCCAGCACUAGGUUCAAAACCGAAACGUCCACCGGCCAUUGCAGCAGAGCUAAUGGAGAAGUCGAGGCAGACUGGAGACUUCAGAGUUUAUGUCCAUUACUUCCGCAGUCUCAAUCUUGCCUCUGUCGCCACUUUCGUCAUUGGCUGCGCCAUGUACUCGACGUGGAAUAGCUUUCCAACGAUCUGGAUGAAAUACUGGACUGAAGACACCCUUCACAAGAGCAGCGCGUAUUAUGCCGGACUGUUUGGUCUUUUCAAGGUUCUCCAGCUCGUCUCCCUCUUGGUGGGCGGCACUGCUUUGAUUAUUUGGAUGACUACGUCUUCGGGAACGAUCCUCCAUCAGCAGGCCUUGAAAACAGUCAUCAGCGCACCUCUGACGUUCUUUACGACGACCGACUCGGGAGUUGUUACAAAUCUCUUUUCUCAGGAUAUGACAUUGAUUGACAGCGAGCUGCCCAAUGCACUGCUUAACGCUGUGAUCUCUGGCUUUGACGCGUUAGCCAUGGGUGCUGUUAUUGCCGUGGCUUCUCCAUACAUGGCUAUCAGUUAUCCCUUCAUGAUUGCACUUUGUUGGAUCAUCCAGAAGUUCUAUCUGAGAACCUCACGCCAGCUACGUCUGCUAGAUCUGGAGUGGAAGAGUCCCCUCUACACUCACUUCCUUGACACCAUUAAGGGCGUCGCAACGAUUCGCGCAUUCGGCUGGACAAACAAGGAUAUCGCGCACAACCAGCACCUCCUCGAUACUUCUCAGCGACCCGCCUACCUUCUCGCCAUGAUCCAGCAGUGGCUAGUCGUAACCAUGCAGCUCAUGGUCGCCUGCAUAGCUGUCAUUCUCGUCGCACUUGCUACGCAGCUCAGGACGAACUCUGGUUUCACCGGUGCUUCCCUGGUCACGCUCAUGUCGUGGGGUGAAACCAUUGCUAUGCUCAUCCGCUUCUACACACAGCUCGAGACCUCAAUUGGAGCUGUCGCACGUAUCAAGACCUUUGCUGAGAAGGUCAAGCCGGAAAGCCUCGAGGGUGAGGACAUCGAGCCGCCUGAGGAAUGGCCAGAGAACGGCAGCAUUAGCCUCAAAGGAGUCUCUGCCUCCUACGGAAACCAGCAAGAGCAACCACUUGAUGGUGAAAGCACCCCGCCCAGCCUGGUGCUAAAGGACCUUGCUUUUUCUGUCCAACAAAGGCAAAAAGUUGCUCUUUGCGGCCGAACCGGAAGUGGCAAAUCAUCACUUAUCCUACUCCUGCUUCGCCUUCUCGAUCCCGUUUCCACUUCUUCGCAGAAUAUCGAAAUGGAUGGCAUCCCAUUCCACCGCAUCGACCGGUCAACUCUGCGCCGCCGCAUUAUUGCAGUUCCUCAAGACGCAGUCUUCUUACCUGAUGGGUCCACCAUCAAGUCCAACCUCGAUCCCUUCAACGCCGCCUCAGAUGCCGAAUGUUUCUCCGUGCUUCGAAAAGUGCAACUAUCCACUUUCGUCGAAGAACGCGGCGGUUUGCGCGAGGGCAUGACCGCCGACAGUCUCAGCGCAGGCCAAAAACAGCUUUUCAGUCUCGGAAGAGCGAUUCUUCGACGACGAGUCAAGGAUGCAAAGUACAAGAAGCGGUGCGGCGGCAUCUUACUUUUGGACGAGGUCAGCUCAAGUGUCGAUCACGCGACGGACCGCUUGAUGCAGGAGAUCAUCAAGGAGGAGUUUGCGCAUUAUACUAUCGUCAUGGUGUCCCAUCGUCUAGACAUGGUCAUGGACUUUUUCGAUGCGGUCAUUGUCAUGGAUAAGGGACGGGUAGUUGAAACCGGAAGCCCGAAGAAGCUUGUGGAGACGGAGGGAAGCCGAUUCGGUGAGCUCUGGGCUAUUGAAAACCAAGGGAGGUCUCGGGAAUGA